GGGAUUCCCUCUUCUCUGGACGGUUUUCUGUUUGACUUGCUUCCUUGGAUUCACACAUGGAAAUCCUGAAGAUGUGGAUGUCCUUCAGAGGCUGGGCCUGCUGGGGCCAAGGACCUCGGACUUGUCACACUCUGUUCCUCAGGGAGUUGUCCCCUUCAAGUUUGGAGUCAUCCUCACCCAGCAGGCACGUGUCAAGGUGCCCCUCAGCUCAGUUAUUCCCAUGCCCAUUGGCCCAGACAUGACUAUCGUGUUAAGCCUGUGCUCCCAUCGUGUCAACAGCGCCUUUUUAUUCACUAUAAAGAGUAAAAGGAAGAAAUUACAACUGGGUGUUCAGUUUCUUCCUAAUAAGGUUGUCGUCUACGUAGGUCACAAGCGCUCUGUAUAUUUUGAUUACAAUGUUCAUGACGGGCAAUGGCAUAAUCUUGCUAUUGAUAUCCGAAGCAAAACAGUCUCCUUGAUUACCGCUUGCGGGAAAGAAAGGGUACAUGCAGAUUUGUAUUAUAAAAAAGAUAAGACGUUGGAUCCGGCCGGGUCUUUCCUCUUGGGAAAGCUCAAUCAGCACUCAGUCCAGUUUGAAGGCGCCCUGUGCCAGUUUGAUAUUUAUCUUUCCACCAAGGCAGCUCAUGAUUACUGUAAGUAUCUGAAAAAACAAUGCAGACAAGUGGAUACCUUUCAGCCAAGCAUCCUGCCCUUUUCUCCAUUGCUGUCCAAAGAUCCAAGAGCUUCUGAAAUGACUCCAAAGCAGUUGGAACUUUCAGUGAUGGGCUUGAUGAACCUGACCACUAUGCAUUCUCCAUCGACGCUCUUCAAGACCACCACUUCUCAGAGGGACAGGAGGUUGCAGGCAGCACCCACCACUGUUAGAACUCCUAAGGCACCAUCUGCAACCCCAACCGUAAAGAUGAGGACCGUCGUGACAUUGUCUCCCUCUCGAACAGAAGCACAGCAACACACCAGUAUUCUCCAGCAGACGGCCACAGUGGCACAUCCGACUUCCAGAACAGCUCACCGGACUACCACCGCAGUUCUAGGUGGGUCUCACUCCACUUCCAGUGUGGAGAAACCUCUUUUAUCAUCCCGCCCGAACGUUCUUGCCUUCCCAAACUCAACUGUGAACUUUGGCAUGAUUCCUGAUAAGCAAGAGAUUCGGAAAGCAUCCAGAAAGCCAAUUAGCCAAGGACCAGCCAUCAGGUCCUCUCAGUUACCAAGUACCACAAAGCCAAUGAUGAAGAACAGGGGCAACUCAUCAGGUAGUCAUUCUCCAGUCACCACAAAGCACAAGCUGGAAAAGGUCACCAGUGGCCCUGCACCAAAGGAGGUAAUGAACCUGCCAGCAGUGAAGAAAUCCAGUCCUACCAUUGCUGCUGUCUUGUAUACCAAACCAGUGCUUGGAGAUGCUUAUCCUGUUUAUCAAACAGAUGGACAAAACUCAAAUUUAAUCACUCUGGCUGCUACAGAUGGCUAUCAGGACUUUAACCCUAUGGGGCCCACCCUAUUCCCAUUUGUUAUGGGUCUUCCAGGAUGGAAAGGAGAUCCAGGUCCUCCGGGUCCCCCUGGUCUGCCUGGGAUCCUGGGCCUUCCUGGCAAGCGAGGACCACGGGGACCUCCUGGCCCCCAUGGAAACCCUGGCCGCCCUGGACCACCUGGUGCAAAGGGCCAGAAAGGGGAUCCUGGACUAUCACCUGGAAAAGCAUGGAAUGGUCAGAAGGGCAAUGAGGGCUUACCUGGGUUGACAGGACUUCCUGGAUCACCUGGUAGGAAGGGACAGAAAGGAUAUCUGGGUCCAACUGGCCAUCCUGGAGACCCGGGUGAACGAGGAGCCGACGGGAAUCCAGGAGCCAAAGGUUAUCCUGGCAGGCAGGGAUUACCUGGACCUAUAGGGGAACCUGGACCAAAAGGGAGCCGGGGGUACAUUGGCCCACCAGGAUUGCUGGGGAUGCCAGGGGCUGAUGGGGAAAGGGGAAUCCCCGGAGUUCCUGGGAAGAAGGGCAAGAUGGGUAGGCCGGGUUUUCCGGGCGAUUUGGGGGAAUGUGGACCACCAGGUAUAGAUGGCGACCCGGGAGACCUGGGAGCCCUCGGUCCCCCUGGAGUCCCCGGCCUCCUUGGUGAUAUAGGUGUCCUUGGAGAAAUGGGCUUCCCAGGACCCAAAGGACUAAAGGGGUUGAUGGGAAAUCCUGGAGAACAUGGACUGAAAGGUGAUAAGGGUGAGGAAGGCACGUCGGGCAUUCCUGGAGACAUCGGUUUCCAAGGGGACAAGGGUAGCCAAGGGUUGCCUGGGAUCACAGGAUUACGAGGAAAGCCAGGCCCAAUGGGAAAGGUUGGUGACAAAGGUCCAGUUGGAAUUCCAGGGCCACCUGGCCCAGAGGGCUUCCCAGGCAGCAUCGGGCCCCCAGGAGAAAACGGCCCCGAAGGUAUUAAGGGAAAGCCUGGCGCAAGGGGCUUGCCUGGUCCCAGAGGAACGCCUGGCCAAGAGGGCGAUGAAGGGCCAGCGGGCCCCUACGGUCCUCCAGGGGAAGAGGGUCCCCACGGCCAAAAGGGGUUUCCUGGCAAACCGGGCCCGGAGGGCUUAAAGGGUGAACCAGGGAAUCGAGGACAGCCGGGGAAAACUGGCGAUGAGGGUCUGAUAGGUUUCAUCGGUCCAAUAGGGGAGCCUGGAAGUGUCGGGGAGAAGGGGGACCGGGGCACAGUUGGAUCACCAGGACCGACAGGCAUCAAGGGGUCGAUGGGCCAUCCUGGAAUUUCAGGAGAAGUUGGAGCACCCGGCCCCCCUGGACCAGCAGGGCCACCAGGAGCUCGUGGCUCACCAGGAAUAAGAGGCCCCAAAGGUCGCCGGGGCGCUCGAGGUCUUGAUGGAACAGUGGGUGAAGCAGGGCCCCAAGGUCCCAAGGGCCUCCCGGGACAUCCAGGUAAACCAGGACCGGAUGGUCAAGAGGGAAAGAUCGGUGAAAUCGGAGAGUCUGGUUCUCGUGGCUUCCCUGGCAUCCAAGGAUCUUCUGGACCACAAGGAGCAAAAGGGCCUCCAGGAGAGUUGGGACCUCAAGGCCCACCAGGCCCACCAGGCCUUUUGGGAGAAAUUGGACAUAUGGGACCACCUGGUGCAACAGGGCUGCGAGGACUUCCAGGGGAACCUGGCAUGAAGGGUGACCUUGGUCCACUUGGGGUUCCUGGAGAGCAAGGACUGACUGGUCAACGGGGAGAGCCAGGCCUUGAAGGAGACAAUGGCCCAGUAGGGCCAGAUGGAUUCAAGGGAGACAAAGGACAAGCAGGCCUGGAAGGAGAGCAUGGGGACAAGGGGCAGGGAGGGGUCCAAGGAAAAGAAGGACCCCCUGGCGAUCCUGGAACCACAGGCGUCCGAGGCCCAGAAGGAAAACCAGGGCAACAAGGAGAAAGGGGCAAAACUGGAUUUAAGGGCAGCAAAGGCCAUGAGGGACAACUUGGAGAGACUGGCCCACCAGGACCGAUGGGCUCAAAGGGGACUCAAGGCCCCAAAGGAUCGAGAGGUACUCUUGGACCAACGGGAGUUCCUGGCCAAAUGGGUGUCCAAGGAGAGAUGGGAUUAAAAGGCUAUCAGGGACACACAGGAUCACCAGGCCCCAUCGGUCUCCCUGGGGCUAAGGGGGAAAAGGGAGAACAAGGCGAUGAUGGGAAGAUGGAAGGACGCCCUGGACCCCCUGGAGAGAGAGGUCCCAUUGGCAACCAGGGAGAUCGUGGGGAGUCUGGAGACCCUGGUUAUCCUGGCCAGGAAGGACUGGAUGGAGAACGAGGAAAACCUGGGCAGCAAGGUUUGCCUGGACACCCAGGACCCCCAGGACCCCCAGGACCGAAAGGAUCCAAAGGCAGUCUGGGCCAAAAAGGAAAACAGGGGCUGCAGGGUGCCAGAGGGAGCCGAGGGUCACCGGGUUCACUUGGCCUGCCAGGUCCCCGAGGAGUCAUUGGGCGAGAGGGACAAGAGGGCGCUCCUGGAAUUGAUGGGAUUCCUGGGAAUGACGGCCGCAGUGGGCAAAAAGGUGAACAAGGUGAGGACGGGGAAGAAGGGACCCCAGGAAUGCUAGGGAAAAGAGGGAACUUUGGAGUCCCUGGGUUACCUGGAGCACAAGGCCCCACAGGAUUUAAGGGAGAAAGAGGUUUGCUUGGACAGGCUGGUCCAUUGGGGAAAAGAGGCCCUCAAGGUGGAAUGGGACUCCCUGGAAGCUCCGGUGAUCCAGGGCCCAAAGGGCAGCCGGGAGACUUUGGUGAACCAGGAUUUCCAGGGAUUGCUGGACUGUUUGGCCCAAAGGGACCACCUGGAGAUCUUGGCUUCAAAGGCAUCCAGGGCCCGAAAGGGCCCCCAGGACAGUGGGGCAAAGAAGGUGUUAUUGGCCCACUUGGGAUUCUAGGUCCACCAGGAAACUCUGGCCCUAAAGGAGAAAAAGGCAGCCGAGGUGAAACGGGUCUCCAAGGUCCAAGGGGUUCCCCCGGGCCCCAAGGAUCUCCUGGCCUUCCGGGCCCACCAGGAAUUCAAGCUGCAUUCCGGCAAGAUGAUGUUGAUGCAGGUUUUCACUCCGUGAUGAGUGCCAGUGCUGUGUUCAGGUCUGAGGGCCAUCAACAGAUGGAUCUUCCAGUGAUAGACCAGGAAGGGGAGAUCUUUAAGACUCUGCACUACCUCAGUGGCCUCAUCCAGAGCAUCAAGAGACCCAUGGGAACAAAGGAGAACCCUACCCGCAUUUGUAGAGACCUCAUGAACUGUGAACAAAAGAUGCAGGAUGGCAUGUACUGGAUUGACCCAAACCUUGGCUGUUCUUCAGAUAGCAUUCCGGUCACCUGUAACUUCACCCAAGGGGGUCAGACUUGUCUCAACCCUAUCACAGCAUCAAAGCUGGACUUCGAUAUUGGAAGAGUACAAAUGAAUUUCCUUCAUCUCUUGAGCUCUGAAGUUGUUCAGAACAUCACCAUCCAUUGCUUGAACAUGCCAGUCUGGCCGGAAGGACCAUCAGAAGGGGCUGCCAUACGCUUCAAGGCUUGGAACGGGCAGAUCUUUGAACAGGGCGGGAAGCUCACGCCAGAUGUUGUGGUGAACAAUUGUAAGACUCAAGACGGCCAGUGGCAUUACACGCUCUUUACGUUCCGGACGCACGACAUCCAGCGGCUGCCGAUCGUCGGUGUCUAUAACCUUCCGCCAAGCAGGCCGGGGAAGGAAUAUCUCCUUGAGGUUGGGCCAGUGUGUUUCCUCUAGGGGACGGCUUCCUUGGCACUCCAAACUUUGGCUUCUUUCGGAAUAGAGGCUGCGUCUUCCGCCGGGCGACUUCGUUGCCUGAACCUCUGGAAGCCCCGAGACCUGGGACUUCAGCACUGGGACCACGUCAAAUGGGAAGCCUUUGCAGAUCCAGCAGCCUUUCAUUCCUGGCGCAGAGAGAAAACGGCGUCCGUUUCAGAAGAGCGAGGGGGCAACGGGUGGGCCUGAAGCGACCGCAGAGGUGGCCAGCUGAACUGGAGAGUUCUUCACCCAAGGAUGUACUCAUUCCCCCUCUUCUUCAGCCAAAGAAAAUGUUACUUUAUUGCUUGCAGAAAACCCAAAUCUUUCGUGCAGUUUUUGGGUGACCAAGCAUGGCAUUCCGGGAACCCAGGUCAUUGAACAGGCAGAGGUUUUGCUGGACAAGACAGGAAAGUGACUUGGAGAAACAACUUUGCCAUCUUAUUAUUAUUAUAUUAAUUAUUUUUUAUCUGCUCACUGUUCUGGAACAGGAAGGUUUUGAUGUGCAAUAUUAGAGAGAGAGAGAAAGAAAUAUAGAUAUAGAUAUAUAUAUUAUUUAAGGCAAAAAAAAAAUUAAAUAAAAGCAAGUGAGAUUCUUCUUCCUUUGGGAAAUGAAAACAUCCCUUUGGAUGUUGCGUGAUAAGGGAGAUAUCCCCCCAAGAGGAAAGGGGUGAGCGAAGUUUGGUGCUAAAUAGAAGAAAAGAGAGAGCAGACGAGAGCGAUAAAGGAAGAGAGAAAGAGAGGGGGACAGGCCUUUUCAAUUUGAUUCUACCUCUCACUGUGAAAAUACUUGGUGCUCUUUUAUUUUUUAAAGAAGCUGUAAUUUUAUAUACGAGUAAAACUAUUUAAAAAUUCUCAGAGGUGCUAUAGUGUCUCUUAAUGCCCCCCACCUUGCCCUGAACCCUCUGUUUUGGUGCAGAUCCUUUGCAGGAAGAGAAGGCAGGGCGCGUUCUGGUUAGGGUACCACAAUGCCAAGUCAAGGCUUAAUUUAAAAGCGCAUUAACUAUUCUCCAGAUUUUUCCUUUUUUAUGCACCCUUUGGAAUCCUGGUUUCAUGACCAACUUAUGCAUGAGGGUGGGGGGGGAGGCGGGGUGUAAAAACAAAGAGCAAUUUUUAUAUAUACGUGUGUGUGCUAGUGUAUUUGGGCUUUGGGGUUUUCUAAAGCAAGAACAGAGCCUGUACCAAAAAAAGUGUGUACCUCUGUGAGCGCACGUGUUGGGCCAGCUUCCUUGCCAGGAUUCUGGGCCGCAAGGAAACCAUGAUGGAAGGAAGGUAUUUUCCAUAGUAAACUGAUCUGCCGUAGCUUUUCUAUAAAUAGGGGGACCGGGUUUCAGCAUCGGCUCUGGGUCUUGUGGUUUCUGAACAGGAGAAAGAAAGAGCAGACCAAGAGCAGAGGUAUAUCGGAGUUGUCUACCCCCGCUUCGUCUUGGGUUUUUCGUUGUUCUUGUCACUGUUUCUUGUUUCGUGCGUUGUGUUCUGUAGAAAGCUGGACUCUGUAUCUGUAAAUGUGGGACUUAAAGAAAAAGGAGGGUUAAUAGUAUGGUAACCGUUUUCUUCUAUAUAAAGAAUGUCAUAUUGAUGUAAGUGAGGCCAUGCUGCCUUGGUGCUUAUUGACUUUUUCCAUUUUUCAUAAGAAAAGACAA